AGCCGCUUUCGAUUCCUCUCUCUCUCUCUCUCUCUCUCUCUCUCUCACUCUCUCGUCUCCCGUCUUUCAACGGAUCACCACUAACCAACCAGAUCCGUUUCCGCUUCGUUCUCUCUUCUCUGAUGGUCGACUCUCUCCUCCAAUCCCCAUCACUCUUCUCCAUUGCUUCCCUCUGGCAUCUCAUUCCUCGUCGUCACCUACUCAUUCCUCUGAGUCCGUGGCCGGUCCAGGAUGCAUGACAACAGCCGGUCUCUCCUACUGAACCGGACUGGAAGCUUCCGGGCCGAGACGCUGGGCCAGGCCGCCCUCUUCGUCGUCGGCAACCUCUGCUUCGCCCUCUUCGUCGUCGGCGUCCUCGCCUUCACUAUCAUCGCCGCCACCUACCGCGCGGACGAUCCCCUCCUCCUUCCCCCCUCCUCUUCUGCCUCCUCCGCCAAGCUCACCGCAUUCCUCACCUCAUCUACCAACGCCACCUUCCGUCCCGACGACGCCCCCCUCCGCACCGGCGAGGACUUCCUCAACUCCUCCACCUCCUCCGCCUCCCCCGAUGAUGCCGCCGUCAUCCACCUCGCCGAUCUCCCCAACUCCAACAGUUCUUCCUCCGCCGCAUCUGGCGGUACUGACUGCGACGCCGCCGCCCCCAUCAACUGCGCCGAUCCGGAUGUCUUCCACCUGAUGAUGCGCGCCACCAUCGAGUCUUUCCGCGACGUCCACUUCUAUCGCUUCGGCAAGCCGGUGCGCGGCGGCGACGGUGGCGGUUCCUGCGACAUGGCCUGGCGGUUCCACCCCAAGGACGCCAAGCGGGCCGGCUUCUACAAGGACUACCGCCGGUUCGAGAUCGCACGGUCCCCCAGCUGCACCUAUUCCAUCGUCAAGAUUGGCGACUACCACACCGGCGUGAAUGCCCGCAAGAAGAAGAAGCAGCGGAAGGGCGACCACGACGCCACUGGCGAAUUUGUGUCGAAGAAGACCCCCUCCUCCUCAUCUCGGGCCUCGGACGUGCUAGUCGUUCCCGUGGUCGGCGAGGCCGUGAACGACACCCUUCCGGUGGUCGAGUCCGAGGGCAAGUUCAGCAGUAGCAGGUACCUGAUCUACUCUGGCGGUGGCGACCGGUGCAAGAGCAUGAACCAUUACCUGUGGAGCUUCCUCUGCGCCCUCGGUGAAGCCCAGUACCUGAAUCGGACCCUCGUCAUGGAUCUCACCGUUUGCCUCUCCUCCAAGUAUUCGACCACGAACCAGGACGAGGAGGGGAAGGACUUCAGAUUCUACUUCGAUUUCGAGCACUUGAGGGACUCCGCCUCCGUGCUCGACCAGCGCCAAUUCUGGAACGAUUGGGCCUUGUGGCAGAAGAAGGACAGGCUCAGCCUCCACCUUGUCGAGGACUUCCGUGUCACGCCGAUGAAGCUCACCAAGGUGAAGGACACUCUGAUCAUGCGCAAGUUCGGGGCCGUGGAGCCGGACAACUACUGGUACAGGGUCUGCGAGGGGGAGACGGAGUCGGUGAUCCAGCGGCCGUGGCACCUCCUCUGGAAAUCCCGCCGCUUGAUGGAUAUAGUCUCUGGCAUUGCCUCAAGAUUGAACUGGGAUUUCGAUUCAGUCCACGUCGUGAGGGGGGAGAAGGCGAGGAACACCAAGCUCUGGCCUAACUUGGCCGCGGACACCUCGCCGGAGGCCUUGCUGUCGACCCUCAGGGACAAGAUCGAGGAUCGAAGGCACCUGUACAUCGCCACCGAGGAGUCUGAUACCUCCUUCUUUGAUCCCCUGAAGGAGAAGUUUACUACUCAUUUUCUGGACGAUUUCAAAGACUUGUGGGACAAGAACAGCGAGUGGUAUGACGAGACAAAGAAGCUCAACAAUGGGAUUCCGGUGGAGUUCGACGGCUACAUGAGGGGGGAGGUUGACACGGAGGUGUUCUUGAGGGCUAAGAAGCAGCUGGAGACCUUCAAUGAUCUCACCGGUGAUUGCAAGGAUGGGGGCAAUACUUGUCGCUCAACUUCCUGAAUGGUUUGCGGGAUCAGAUGAUGUGUUCCCAUGUUAGCUGAUUCAAAUUUGUAAGCUCAAGAAAUAGCUUUGUCAUCUCCCAUGAAGUACUGGAACUCUUAGCUGCUUUACAUAUCCACACAUUGGACUCUUACAUUUAUUACGAUUCAGGUCAUUCUGCUCCUAAUUAUACUUGUAUUAGAUUCGGUCAAAAUUAUGCAUGAUUGGAUAGAAACCCACUUUUCUCCUUGCUUGCAAUUAGAUGUUUUAUACACUACAGUUGACUCAUAAGCCUGUAAUUAGAUGUGAUUUAGAUCUUUUGUGGAUUACCAGAGUAUUUGCUUCA